GGACUGGACUACGAGCGGCGCUCGUCCUAUUCGCUGACGCUGGAGGCGCGCGACGGCGGAGGGCGCGUGGGCACUGCCAACCUCUUCGUGGAGGUGCAGGACGUCAACGACAACGCGCCCGCCUUCGAGCAGCGCGAGUACACGCGCACCGUGCGCGAGGGCGCCACGGCCUUCGAGCCGCGCCUCUUCCUCAGGGCGACGGAUGCCGACGGGCCGGAGCAGGGCGGCGGCAAGGUGUUCUACAGCGUGGUGGCGCGCAACAGCGAGCAGGCGGUGCUGUUCGUGGAGCCCGUGAGCGGGGAGGUGCAGCUCAACUCGCCCGCCCGCGCCGCCCACACCGCCCGCGGACAAUACGAGCUCACCGUGCGCGCCACGGACGCAGGUCAGCCACCCGCGCCCAGCGACUGACGGCCUGG